UGCAUUAAUUAAUGUUUUUUUUGGGGGGAAAAAUGAGUGUAAAAUUGGACCCCAUUUGUGGGAUUACACUGGAUAUUUGUUGUUAUGUUGAUGAUGAUGAUGUUGUUUUUGUUGUUGUUGCUGUAAAAGUUGGUAUUUUCAUUGUAAAGUUGAUGUUUUUCAUGUAAAGUUGAUGUUUUUCUUGUAAAGUUGGUCUUUUUCAUGAUGUUGACAUUGUUGUUAAUGUUGAUGUUGUUGAUGUGCCAUUGAGUGCUUUAUCAUGUCAAGUUGGUAUUUUUUUCAUGCAAAGUUGGUUUUUCAUGUAAAGCUGUGUUUUUCAUGUAAAGUUGGUAUUUUUUUCAUAUUAAGUUAGUAUUUUUUUAUGUAAAGUUGUUUUUUUUUUAAUGUAAAGUUAGUCGAUGAGAAUGAAGUUUUACUGCGCCCAUUAAUCUUUUUUGGAAAAAUGAGUAUGAAAUUGGAUCCCACUUGUGGGAUUACACUGGAUAUGUUGUUGUUUAAGUAUGAAAUUGGAGAAAAGUAGGGUUAAUUUGAGGAGGGGUUACCUCUUAGAUGAUUCAAAUUGAAACUGUGCCCUAAGGUUAUUGUCUCUGUAUUUGCUGUGUUGGGUAAAUAAUUGGAUAAAAUUGAUCAUGUGGCUCUGCUGGAAAAAUGAAUUCUCGGAUUAAAGUUGGUAUUUUUCAUGUAAAGUUGGUCUUUUUUCACGUAAAGUUGGUGUUUGGUAUGUAAAGUUGGUAUUUUUUCCUGUAAAGUUGGUGUUUGGCAUGUCAAGUUCGUUUUUAUCCUUGUAAAGUUGGUAUUUGUCCAUGUAAAAUUGGUAUUUUUUCAUGUAAAGUUGGUGUUUUUUAUUGUAAAGUAGGUGUUUUUCAUUGUAAAGUUGGUGUUUUUCAUAUGUAAAGUUGGUGUUUUUCAUUGUAAAGUUAGUGUUGUCCAUGUAAAUUUGGUAUUUUUCAUGUAAAGUUAGUAUUUUUCAUUGUAAAUUCUAGUACAAGUGAUUGGUUUAGGGUUUGUAGUCGGUGGUACGAAGUUUUUUUGGAAAAAUGAGUAAAUUGGAAUUUUUUUUAUAUCUUAGAUUGACUCAAAUUAGUAAGCUAUUGAAACUGUGAAUACUUGAGGUUGACUAGUAGAUCUGGGGUGCCCCAUGUUUUUUAGCAGCGAUGCAAGUACACAGGAUGUUAUUUCUGAUUUGUUUAUGAUUGAAAAGGCCCUGCAGGAAUUGAAUGAAGAAGGAGGAUCCAGUGAAGACUCAAUAUCGGAGUUUAUCAAGAAAGAAUAUGACAGUUUGCCAUGGGCUCAUACGACCCUGCUGAAACAUCAUCUACAGAUGAUGUCUGAAAAAGGAGAAGUCCUUAUGACUGAUGGAGGACGGUUUUCGCUUCCUGGUGACAACAAAAGCAUGAAUCAAAAGAGAAAAAGAAAGAGGAAGAGAAGGCCGGUCUGGGAAGUUAAACAAAAGAAGCUGCGGAAGAAGCAAAAGAAGGGGGCAAAGCGGGUGCAGCAUGAUGGUGUCGAAGUUGCUAAAGAACAGAAGAAGCUGGCUGAGCAACAAAAUGAAGUCACUGUUGAACAGGGGCAGAAAAAUCGUGUACCUGAAGAAUACUGGGGGUUGGAUGGGCAUCAUAAUGAUCCGAGCACAGAUAAAGAAGAUGGGCAAUUAAAUGGGCAGCAAAACUCUGUAACUGCGAAUAAAGUUCUUCCCAAAAGAGCUCAAAGGAUCAGAGUAGUACAUAAACAGAAAGGGAAGCAAAAUCUUGAUGCUAAAGAAGGAUCUGUGCCUGUUGAACCUCCCAGGUGUAUGAUGACAGAAGAGAUUGAGCAAUUAGAGGAUCCAAAAUUGCAGCAACUGAAGUUUAGUGUCAGCAGAGUUGAGAAAACAGCUGAUACUAGCAACUUAUGUCCACAAGAAAUUGUGGAAAACAAACAACCUGGAGUUAGCGUGCCUCAAAUUUUAAGUCCAGAAGCGCCUCCAGGUUUUGAGUUUAGGGCGGAGGAGGAUACCACAGCAAAUAAAGCGCAUAACUCUUUGUCGGUAGGUUUGGACUCACCGAAGGAAGACCAUGCUGUGGAUCAGAGUUCUGAGAGAUCUGCUGAGGACCAAGUACCUAGAAUGGGUGACUUGUCCGAUGAAUUAAAACAGUCUAGAGAGAGUCCAAAGCAGCAGAGACACACCAUCGAUGAAUCUUUGCCAUCAGAAACUGUUCUGCCCUUGAACCAGAAUGAACAGCAGAGCUUAGAUACUGAAAGGUUGGAAGAGGAGUCCGUUGCUGAGGAUCUGUUAAAGACUAAGAAGCAGCAAAAGGUGCCCCGUGGUGGGCAGCAAACAAAUAGGCUAACACGGACUUUGACAAGGGCGCAAAGGAAAGGAACAGUAAUCCCAAAUGCAUCAAUGGAGAGCUCAUCAGAACCCCAGCAGCCGUCCAUUCCAAGAAAAAUGACAAGAACUCAGCUAAAAAAGAUUCAAAAUCAACCUGCUGCAUCAACAGAUUUAUUUGCCUUGAAACAUGUAGAGCAAGAGAAAUCACCUGAAACUAAGCAGCAAGAUGGUAAGCCUCGUAGCCUUUGUAAGAAGAUGGGAGGAGCUCAGCCGCAGGAGCAACAUAUUCCAGAGUUAGCACUGGAGAGCUCAUCAGAACCCAAUCAGCCGUCCAUUCAAAGAAAAAGAACGAGAACUCAGCAAAUAGGGAUCGUAAUUCAAUCUCCAUCAUCAAAUGAUGUGUUUGCCUUGAAACAUCUAGAGCAAGAGAAUUCACCUGAAACUAAGCAGCAGGUAGAUAAGCCAAGUGAAAUGAUAUCUCCAGAUAUUCAUGCAAAUUUGGACAAAGGAGAAGCCCAGCAGCUGACGGAUGUGUCACAGAUGGAAGGAUCCGAAGAGAGUGUACUUGCAACAGUUGAACCAUCAUCUGAAAAGAAGCAGCAGCUGGAAGAAGGGAGAUCUGCCCCGGAGAAGCUCAAUGUGGAUGGUAAACCUGAUGUUUCGCUUCUACCAAGUCCUACAGGAUUUGAGGCAGCAUUGAUUGAGAAGUCAUUGCAAAAUGAUCGUGCACGAAGACAACUGAAGCGCUGGAGCAAAACCCCGAGUGAACCUAAAUCUGUAAGUACCUCUCAAGUGGAACCAUUGCCAUUCUGUGCCUCCUCAGAUCAAGAUAUAGUACAUAUGGAUGAGCCUUUGGAAACGGAAGUGCCUUUGGGAUUGGGAACAAGGGAGGAGGCGUUGAAUUUGAUUGAUCCUCAGCAUGAAGUGAACUUGGAUCAACCAAAACAACAGCUUCGCCAGGCCCGUCGUAAGUACAAGGAGGAUGGUGCCACACUAGGUGAUAGUAUAAUUUCAGCAUUGGCAACAAACGAGGAGGAGUUAUGUUUGGAUGAUCCUCAGGAUGAGGUGCACUUGAAGCAGCUAAAACAUAAGCCUCGUGGGAGGGCUGCCAAGGGCAAGGAGGAGGAUGGGGCCGAUCCAGGUGCUACACUUUUGAAGGACUUGAGAUCAUCUACGAAGUUAAAGAAGAAACAAACUGGUCCAGGUAGGAAGGCGUAGGAAGGCACAGUACAGUGAGCAUUGCAGUUCCUUGGUUCUUUCUUGAGAGGAUUAAUGGUAUAAAUUUAGAUAUAUCCUGGGAGUUUAAAUGUUAAAGUGGACAUAAAUAUUAGAAGUUGCUUGUAUUUCUCUUAUGUUCUCAAACUUGGCACUGUACAGUAGAGGUACAGCAUAGUAAUUAGAACUAAUAGCUUCAUGACAUACUUAUUUGAAAGAAGCUAUUACAUCAUUGACCAAUCUCUUGUAGUUCUCUUUUCUUUUUUAAGUUCUACUCUAUACAUUAUAGAGGUUGCAAUAGAGUAAUCCAGCGAUGAAGUACUAAUAUGUGAAAAGGAAGUUGGUGCUUGAUUCUUAAUCAAUUAAGAAUCUUUUGUAUUACAUCGUUCAUCUCCAAGCAAGUUAGUGACAUUUGGUCUUUCAGGAAUCCUGCAUGUCCCAAUCCAUUCUUAGCCUGAAAUACAAGUGUUCCAUAUUUAUUACUAGCAUUUUUGGUGUAAAAUUAUAAAAUGAUAGAUCUUGUGAACUCUGUACAGUCUUAGCCGGUUUAGUGCUGUGAUUAUUUAUAAAAUGUGCUUUCUUUUAACGAUGAAAAAUCUCUGUCAUCAUGGAGAAUGAAGACUUGCAGAGGCUUCCGGUUAUCAACAAUAGAGGCUUCCGGUUAUCAACAAUUGGGUCUUGAAUGUGAUUAUUGAAUCUGAUUCAAUGAUAGUAAUCAACUCCAUCAACAAGAAGAUGACUUCUCACUGGCAAAUAAGAAACGUUAUAGAAAAGAUUGAAGCUUUGAGAGAGAAGGGACGAUUCUAUUUUGUUCAUUGCUAUAGAGAGGCUAACACUGUUGCAGACAAUAUGGCUAACUGGAGCUUAAUUGGACAGGAUACUACCUUCUUCACUAAUGUUAUUGAUCUUCCCUCCAAGGUGAGAGCACUCUUGAAGAUGGAUAAGAGGACCAAAUGAUCAACUACAGAGUUAGAACUAGCAAAACCUGUUUUAAUGUAGUCUCCUAGUUUUUGUUUAUUUAUCUGCUGGAAACUACUCCAUUGUGAUAUGGGAUAUAACCUGUAAUUUUUGUAUAGGGUGGAGCAGUUACUCUCUAACUUUAGAAGCUGUGGUGGAUAGAUUUGUAAUCCCCCAGCUCCAUGUUUUAUCCUUUUGGCUGUUAAUAUAUAG